UGGAACUAGGUUAGCAUCAGAAUGUCUGAUCAGUAAAAAUUCAGUGUUUACGUUCGGAAGUGACUUUUUUGUUUUUGAAACCAGUUACUGUAAAGCAAAUUUCGUAUGCAGGAUGCUCUAGCUGGUCGUUGAGAAACAUCCUUGAUGUCGCAGACUUACCAAUUAUCCCCACACAAAUUGAUAUUACUUCAGGAAUUAAAAACAAAGUUUAUGUUAUCUCUCAAACACCAGUGGUUUCGAAGAAAAUGAUAUGACGAAAUGGGACGAAAACGCAAAAAAAGUGAUGUGGAAGUUUAUGAAACUCAUCGAAAGAAGACUAAACUUUCUGUGAGGUGCUUAUUAGACAAUAAAACUGACUUUUCAGAUGUAGACGUUGAUAGUGGUUGUGAGGAAGAUGUAAGCAAACCUUAAAUCUUAAUAGUGUACCCUCAUUGAUGACUUUAACAAGAAAUCUACGCUAGAAGACUCAAAUAAAUCUCCAACGGGUCACGGGGGUGUCAACCAACUAGGCGGCGUCUUCGUGAACGGUCGGCCACUUCCUGACGUCGUUCGACAACGGAUCGUCGAAUUGGCCCACAACGGAGUCCGACCCUGCGACAUAUCCAGGCAACUCAGGGUGUCGCACGGAUGCGUAUCCAAAAUACUCUCUAGGUAUUACGAAACGGGUAGCUUUAAGGCAGGCGUGAUCGGGGGUUCGAAACCCAAGGUCGCCACGCCGCCGGUCGUCGACGCCAUAGCCAACUACAAGCGAGAGAACCCCACGAUGUUUGCAUGGGAAAUCAGGGACCGACUGCUGGCGGAAGGAAUCUGCUCACAAGACAACGUACCUAGUGUUUCUUCUAUUAAUAGGAUUGUGCGUAACAAAGCGGCAGAAAAAGCGAAACACGCGCACCACAUCGCCGUGUCAGCCGCAGCCGCCGCUUCAUCGACGUCGACGCAGUCUUCGGUGAGCGUCAUCGCGCAUGCGCCUCCCACGCAACUGACAGCGGGAGAAACGCGGUCGGGAGCGUACAGCAUCAACGGGAUACUCGGACUGCAACACGAUCCUAAUGGGAACAAUAUCAAGAGGAAACGGAUCGACGACCAUGACGAGAACAGGGACGUGAACGGACAUCCGGAAGAUGACCUCAAAAGACAACGAUCGCAGUAUAAUGGUGACCAGCUUUAUUCAAACCUGUGGUCCUCGAAGUGGUCGAUCAAAGACGAGCACAAGCUCCUGAGCGAACUCGGGGGCGGCGCGGGGGGCGGCCAAGCGGGCGGUGGAGGCGGUGGAGGUGGUCAACCAGCGGCCUACUACGAUGCCCACGCUGGGUUCGGUGGUUCCCCCGCUUCUGAUCUGUAUGACACAAUAGGAGGCAUGGGCCAGGCGCAGGGCAUGUAUGGGGCGCCUGCGUUAGCGGGAACGCUAGCAGGCAGUGCGGUGGUACCAGGCAGCGAGUACUACAGCACCGCGUACAGUCAGUACGGCGCGACGUACGGCACCUACGGCUAUGGCACCGCCUCCAGCGGGUUACUCAGUAAGUAAACACAUCGGCGUACUACUACAACCCCUGCGACGGCCAGCUAAGCGCCGUCCCCCAUCACAACGGCUCCGCCCACCAGCAUCUGGUAGGCGGGGCCACCGAUAACACCGCCUCCGAACUCGAAGCGAGCAGCCGUAGCCCAGUGGCGGCGACCAGGGCGAAUUCAUUGGCCAGCGCCAAUUCGCCGACGGAGAGUGGCAGUGCUUGUGUCACUAAGACAGAGGGCAUGUUCAAUGGACAUGAGUUACAACUGUCGUAAGACUACGAUUUUUUAUCUGUUUGUUAUUCAGGAGCGGAAAAAAUAGUAACUACGAUCGAUACAUAAUACUCCUGUCAAUACGGAUACUUAGCCGCAAACGUCAAAGUGUGACGUAAUCCGGAAAAGCUUGACAUAAUAGCAUAACCUCAAAAAUACUGCCUACGUACCAGCAAUAUUGAUUGUUCACGAUUUUGGUUUCCGUGGCGUUUUGUUACUAUACCGGGUGAUUCAUAAUGUAUUUGCAAUGUUCCAAGAAAAGCAUAUUGAAAAACAACACGAAAAGUUCUAUAUACAGAUACUAGGAAGUGUCUCCACACCAAAAUAAAGAUAAAUUGAAACUCGAAAUGUUUGUCAGACCAUUGCUUAUGGACCAAAAAUUGUUUUAAUUUUUUAAACAAAAUUUCAAAUAUCUCAUUUUUCAGGAAUAAAAUAAAAAUACUAACGUUUAGCAUAGAAAAUUGCAUCAACUAUUUUCUGGAAAAUUGCAAACAUUUUUUAAAUAAAUCACCCUGUAUAUGAAACAAAUCUACUCAAAGAUAUCAAAAAUCUGAAAUGGAAUGAUUUUUUAAAAUAUGCCCUCUGUCAUAGAUAAUGACCGAAUCCGUACAAAACCUUGAGAAGAAAAGAACGAUGUUCAAAGUAAUGAGAUUAUAAUUACGCAAUCCACACAUUGGGGGAUUCAAAAUAUUGAUAUUUUUUUUUGUAAAUAUGUAACAUUUCAACAUACAUGAAGGCACAUGCAAUGUCCUUUUUUGUGAAAAGCUCGAAUUUUUAGGAGAUCGUCAAAGUUACCACUGGAAGUUGGUAGAAUUAUUGCAUUAUAUGACAGAUCAGAUAAUCCUUUUUUCAGAAUACUCUUAUUCAAGAAAGUUUUGAAAUCUUCCCGCCAUGGAUAAAAAGAAAAAACGUCGAAAAGUUUUGUCAUGGAAGAACCAAAAACUACUUCACUCGCUUUCACCCUUUGCUCCCCAGGGACAUCCCCUUAAAAAUUUUAAAAGACAAGGGAUAUCGAGUAGUAGCUUGUUUGAAAGGU